AUGGCGGCAGCGAUCCCGCUGGAGCGCCGAGCGGCUGGGACGGCGCCGGGCCGCGGCGUGGCGACGGCCGGCUGGCGGCUCUGCCUGGCGCACCGCUUCGAGGAGCUGCGGCAGCCCUACGGUGCCGGCGAUGUGUCGUUCCGCGACGUCCUGCGGCACAUCGGACUCGCCUUGCGGUACUUCAGGUGGUGGUACAAGAAGACCCGCAUAGAGAAGAAAUCCGCCUUCAUUGACCUCUUGUGUGCUGUUCCUCUGCAGCAGAUCUAUGGGUGCCCGCUGGGCGGGAUCGGAGGAGGCACCAUCACCCGUGGCUGGCGGGGGGAGUUCUGCCGCUGGCAGCUGAACCCUGGCAUUUAUCACUAUGGGACUGUCAUCGCUGACCAGUUCACGGUGUGCCUGCGUUGCAAAGGGCAGACGGUUUACCAGCAGGUCUUGUCCACAGAGAAACCCAGCACUCUGCAGGGCUGGAACUGGGGGUACUGUGGCCACUAUGCCUUCUACCAUGCCCUGUACCCUCGUGCCUGGAUGGUCUAUGAGCUCCCAGGGCAAAACGUGGUGCUCACUUGCCGCCAGGUCUCUCCCGUCAUCCCCCAUGACUAUAAGGACUCCAGCCUGCCAGUGGGAGUCUUCAUCUGGGAGGUGGAGAAUGGGAGGGAUGAGGACGUGGACGUCUCCAUCAUGUUCAGCAUGCAGAAUGGCAUGGGAGCGAAGCAGGACAGGAGCGGAGGGCACUGGAAUGAGCCCUUCACCCUUGAGAAGGAGGGCGAGCGGGUUGCUGGUGUCUUGCUGCACCACUGCACGCGUGUGAACCCCUUCACCCUUGCCAUCUCUGCCCGGGAGAAGGCUGGCACAGGAGUCACACACCUCACGGCAUUCAAUCCUGCGGGAUUGGGUAGAGAGGUGUGGCAGGACCUCCUGCAUGAUGGCAGGCUGGAGUCACCCCCUGGUAAGAGCAGCCUGACAGAGAAGGGGGAGCUGACAGCAGCAGCAGUGUGCGCCAGCUGCACAGUGCCUGCCCGGGGACACAGGACGCUGGAGAUGGCCCUGGCUUGGGACAUGCCCUGCAUUCACUUCGGCUCCAAGGAGAAGCUGCACCUCAGGCGCUACACCCGUUUUUUUGGCAGCGGAGGCGAUGCUGCUCCUGCUCUCUCACACUAUGCCCUGACGCACUACAAGGAAUGGGAGAGGAAGAUCGAAGCGUGGCAGAAUCCCAUCUUGGAGAACAGCCAACUGCCUUCCUGGUACAAGUCUGCCCUCUUCAAUGAGCUGUACUUCGUGACGGAUGGGGGGACCAUCUGGGUGGAACUGCCCCCAGACUGCUGUGAUGAGGACCUGCGGGGCCAGGCGGCGGCUGGCAUCUCCCACCUCCUCCCUGUGCUGCGGGAGUACGGAAGGUUUGCUUAUUUGGAAGGUCAGGAGUACCGGAUGUACAACACCUACGAUGUCCACUUCUAUGCCUCCUUUGCUCUCGUCAUGCUGUGGCCCAAGCUGCAGAUCAGCCUGCAGUAUGACAUUGCUGUCACAGUGAUGAAUGAGGAUGUCCAGCUCCGCCAGUAUUUGAUGUGUGGUCAGACAGCCCAGGUGAAGCUGAAGAAUGUGGUGCCACAUGACAUUGGGGACCCAGGUGAUGAGCCAUGGCAGCGUGUCAAUGCCUACCUGAUGCACGACACAGCUGACUGGAAGGACCUCAACCUGAAGUUCGUGCUGCAGGUGUACCGUGACUACUAUCUGACACACGACUCCGUAUACCUGCAGGACAUGUGGCCAGUCUGCCAGGCUGUGAUGGAGUCAGAGCUGAAGUUUGACACGGAUAAUGAUGGACUCAUUGAAAAUGGUGGCUUUGCUGACCAGACGUACGACGCAUGGGUGGUAAAUGGAGCCAGUGCCUACUGUGGUGGUCUGUGGCUGGCAGCAGUCUGCAUGAUGUGCAAGAUGGCAGAGGUGCUCGGGGAUGCCAAGAUCCGGCAGAAAUAUAUGGACAUCCUGAACAAGGGCAAGGAGGCAUUUGAGAGGAAGCUCUGGAAUGGAAAAUACUACAACUAUGACAGCAGUGGGAGUGGUGCUUCCAACAGCAUCAUGUCAGACCAGUGUGCUGGGCAGUGGUUUCUUGGGGCCUGUGGCCUGGACCAAGGGGAAUUUGAGGUCUUCCCCAAGAGUCACAUCGUCAGUGCCCUGAGGACCAUCUUUGAGAAGAACGUCAUGAGCUUUGCUGGUGGCACCAUGGGAGCAGUGAAUGGCAUGAGACCUAGCGGGGAGCCCGACACCUCCAGUGUGCAGUCCAACGAGGUGUGGGUUGGUGUGGUCUAUGCCUUGGCUGCCACCAUGAUCCAGGAGGGGCUGGUGGAAGAAGGCUUUCGUACAGCAGAAGGCUGCUACCGGACAGUUUGGGAGCAGCUGGGGAUGGCUUUCCAGACACCAGAGGCCUAUCGGGAGAAGAAAGUCUACCGCUCGCUGGCUUACAUGCGUCCCCUUAGCAUCUGGAGCAUGCAGCUGGCUCUGGAGCGCAGAGCCAGCCAGACACCAGCACCCACACAGCCCACCCGGGUCCCCAACCACCCCUGAGCCCAGUGGCACGGGGCAGAGCAGCAGGUUCACCAGGAGGGCUGGUGGAGGCCCUUCUCUCCUGCCUGGUAAUACUCACAUCGCUGUCUUCCUUCCCUACCUCCACUACAUGUCCUUCACCUCAGGGGUCUUCCAGCCACCACCACUGAGCUUGAGGUGGGGACAAGAGGUGCAGGUACCAACUCCUCAGCAAGGAGAGGAGCGGGAUAAGGAGGUGCUGCUGGAGCCUGCGCCUCCCUUUCCCCAUUGCUCAGGGCUCUGACAGCCUGCAGCCCCCGCCCCCCCCAGCCAUCCUCAACCAGAGCUGGUACCUUGCCUCAGAGCACAGGAGCCCUCUCUCCUGUGAUCAGUAGGCUGGGUAAGGUGGUCUGCAGGGCAAAACCAGUGAAAAACAAAGAGCGUGUGUGUGUGUGUGUGUGUGUGUGUGUGUGUGUGUGAGGACAUGGGCCUGGUGCAUGCCAGCACAUGGAUGCUGUAGUUGUUCAUCACUUUUGUGACACUACAACUAAAGACUGGCUCUGCCCCAGGGCGGAUGCAGUCCCCAGGGGAGCCCCGGCUUCCUGGGUGAUGACAAUCUGUGACAAUCGAGCCCAAGCAGCAGCAGUAGGACCUGGGCUGGUACCAUGGCCCCCCUCCCUGCUAGUGCUAGGGUGGACAGCAGAGCACGUUUUAGGGGAUGAAUCAUUUAAGUUCUUAAUAAAUUUGUCCAGCUGUG